GAGCAGCAAGCAGCAGCCAUGCGCCAGCGUAUGCGCAUGAUGUACAGUACAUCAAUAAUUGACGAGUAGCGGGUGUUAUGAAAUGUACUCCUUGAUUUAUUUUCCAUAGUUUAACAUUAAAAUUGCAUUUAAAUGGAGAUAAACUAUUGUGUAGUAGGAGGUUGUUGUAAUAAGCCUACCAAAAAGCAGACAGUCAAUGAUCUAAGUUUCUUUAGGUUUCCGAAAGAAUCAAAUCUUAGGCAGAAAUGGAUUCGAUUUGUUCAGUUGACCAGGCCGAAAUUCACAAGCCCAGGUAAUGACAGAAUUUGUGAAGAGCACUUUGAUAAAGACUGCAUCAAUCAGACGUGGAUAAUGCAUAAGCAGUUUGGGAUGCAUUAUAGGGACAAACUCAAGAAAGAUUCAUUUCCCACAAUCAUUAAGCAGAAAAAGGUUACACGCACAAGGACUUAUUCUGUUAAACGCCAGGAAAGACAAUUGGUUGAAACUCUUUUGAAAGAAAGUGAAGCCACUCCGGAAGAGAAAGAAAUUGAGGCUACUCAGGGAGGGAGCAAAAGUGCUAUUUCAUCAAUUACAGAAGAUGAUGUAUCAUCUCAUCUAGACUUGUGUCACCCAGACCAAUCUCAUCUAAACUUAUCUUGUCCAACCUCAGUUGUCAUGGACUAUCAAACCAAAAACAUGCAACAGAUCAAAUUAGAAUCAUCAAACUUGAGGAGGAUGUUAAUACAAGAUGUGUUGACUACAGAUGGAAUUUUGAAAACAGAAAAGAAGCAAAGUAAUUAUUUUCAAGAGAAGAAAGUUAUUCUGGAAUUUGGGAUCUAGCAAAUACUAGCCAUCGUAGUUGAAUGAAUAUAAUAAUUGAAUAUUUUCAAGUUUUCAUUUCCAACUACACGUCUCCCUCUAAUUAAAGAUCACUUUUGGGACUGAGGUUUCCGUGGUGUUUAGCAGCUUUGGUCUCUAAUUUAGAAUGAUAAGGAAUAUAAAAGAAUUUGGUUAAUUUGGGUCUUUAAUUGGAGAGAGAUAUGUAUUAUUAUAUUCUAAUUACCUUUUUUAUACAUUUUACAAUACAUGUACUUAUGAUGCAUGGAACCAGCAUGGUAGCAUUGUUAAUGUGUUAGUAUACAGCAGGGGUUCUCAACUAUAUCACAAUAGGUGCAAAAAUUGUUCAUUGAAUAACUUUGAAGGGCCAGGGCAAGAGGUGUACUUUGGCGCAUAGCGCCAUCCGACCUCCGUACGCGUGAGCUGGGGGAUUGUUUGGAAGGGAGGUGGGGUGUCCCCUCCCAAAUUAGGACUUUUUUUUUUUAAUAAGUCACUACACGCUUAUACAAGGCAUCUUGACCUAAGAAAGUUACCCUUGUGUUUGGUAAUGCAAAAGUCAAAAUGUUAUUUUAUCACACAAUGUCAUCUUACAUUGUUACAUCAGGCAGAUGUAAAAAUUAUUUUUACAUCUGCCUGGUUACAUCAUGAUCUUACCUGCUUAGUUACUGAAAUUAGCCUUUGAAGCGUGUGGCAGUUGUAUAAAGUCCAGUUUUAGUUCAGUUGUGGUUUGAAAUCUAGGCCCAAGCAUAACAAAAAAAAUUUUUCGGCUUGUUCUCGUGGGCCGAAUGUCACGCACUUGCAGGCCCGCAGGCUCCCAGUUGAGAUCCCCUGGUAUACAGGAAUGAAGGUACUGAAAUAUGAUAUUCUAGUAAAUAGGCAGAAUUUGGACACAUUAAAAAUACAACUUUUUUCUUUAAGUAAGUAAGUAAGUAAGAUUUUCUAUUCCUUGUUUAGAGAACAUAUUUUUUUUUUUAAGAUCGUCAGAGGAGAGCGGGGAAAAAAAUAGAAAUAAAAUUCAUUUUCCUUAUUUAGCAAAUAGUUUGCAAAAAACAUCUAAAGGAGAAAAUAAAGAUUAAACUUUAAUUUUUGCAGAUUUCAAUUCGAGAUCCCUCUAAAUUCCAGACCACUUUUUCAAAGAACCAAAUAACAAUCUUUAACCCCUUAACAUUAAAGCUUUAUUUGGCAACCAAAAUCCAAGACCACCCCAAAUUUUCAGAUCUCCAAAUGUGGUCUCGAAUUGGAGGGCAGACUGUAUAUUAUUUAAGUGCCUAUACAGUAGCUGAUCCAGAGAAAUAUAUGGGUUGGGGCCAUCAAAGUCAGGCACAUUGUGGACUUUGGUGUUGUCAAUUUUAAUUACAGCUCUUUUAGAAGUAUGAAUGCUUUACAUGCCAUUCUUUUUACUUUGUCUUUUUCAUACUUUAUUCCCCCACCCCCAUCAUCGGAUUCACUCCUGUAGUAAAAGCACAUGCAAAUGUAAAUCCAAUACAGGAGGUUGUUGAUUGGUUGAUAAUAUUGGAUGGAAAUAUUUAGCAAUGAUGCCCAUCCUCUACCUAAUAAAAAUAAAACUUGAUUUGUAUAUAUAUUAAAAUGAAUGUUAUGUGUGUUAAUAGUACUCAAAAAAAAAAUAUGUGUUUCUUUUUUAUGCUUGUUGAGCAAUAAAUCUAAAUCUGGCAUCAAAGAUGUUAA